UAUAGGCAAGCUGUCAAUCCGUUGGGUGUCAACAAAACGGAAAAAUUGCAAAACACCAAUGGAUCGAUUAAAAAUAAUGUUUUAAUUUUAUUUAUUAAUUAAGGAACAAAGAGGAAAACAAAAUGCUACUCAAGAGAAACUUACUGGAAUGCACAACAAUUCUAUCGUGUGCGGGAACAUUUAUCUGUGUCCUACUGAACUACAUCACGAAUAUUUCGCCAAUAACUGGAAUAUGGUUUCCUCUUUACGUUAUAACUUUAUUUAUAGUAUCAUUAUGCGUUAGUUUUAAGUUUAUCCAGUGGUUGUUGCGUUUAAACAAGCCAAUUAAGUAUGAUUUAGAUGGUAUCGUGUCUGAUUAUCCAUAUUUGUCGUCGUUGUCGAAACUGCUACCAAGGCCUAGGAAGGCAGUGUCUGAGAUUCGAGAGUAUGACACGAACGAGUUGAGCGUGAUCUCGACGGUGCUGGAGAGGAAGCUGGUGUCGUCAUGGUACGUGCCAUAUAUCUCGCAAGAGAUUGGCUUCCCGUUCGCUUGCAAACAAAUGUUGGAUCAAAUGAUUGGCAAGAGCUUUCAGAUAUGCAACAAGAUAGAAACCAAAGAUGUAUUUGUAGAUAUAACAACUGUAUUGUCAAGCCACUUGAAAGAAUAUCAGAAAGCUUUGAAACGUCAUGAGAAAACACCAAAUAGCUCUAUAGAGGCUCUUUAUAAGAAAACUCAUCGAAUAUUUGACGUAAACAACAAAAUCCAACCCGCUGACCAUUGCACAAACAUCCUUCGUGUAAUUUUCAAAGAAUUAGUACCAUGGGAACUAUGGGACACACCGCAUUCCGAAUUACUAGUCCGCAUUCUAUCAAAAAAACUAAACACCUUCAUUGACACUACUUUAGCAGAACCUGCUUGGUUAAAUGAAAAGCUACUGACAAUUCUAAAAGGGAAACAGGAAUCUAUAGUUACCGAAAAGAAGAAAGAGCCAGUUAAACCAGAACCAAGUGUUGUUGAACCAAAAAAAGAACCAAUAAGCGUACAGAAAGAAAUACCAGUAGUAGUUACGAAGGCUACCGAAACAGUGCCACAGUGGAUCCCGGAUAUUGUGAAGGAAAAGAUGGAGGUGGAAAAGAUUGAGAACAUAGUUGAAGAGGUACCGGUGACCAGUUCUGAACCUGUUGAUAUAAAAGCUUCACCGAUUUUGAGGCAACGGAGAGGCAGGCAGGGCAGGAACGAAGUCAAGAUCUAUGAUAGGAUUAUUGAAGGUAGUGUAAAAACAUGGGAAACGGACAUAGACCUGCAGUGUAUCAGCCUCGGCCAGGACCUGCUGGCGAGCCUGGACGGUGAGAUCACGCUGAGCCGGCUCUGGGGACAGGACGCCGACACAGAGGGCAGCCCCAACCCACCGCGGAGCAAGUCGCCACAACCACUCUGGUUUGGUGAAGAAGAAACAAUAGAAGUAGACCCAUUAGACUCGAAUCCAUUUAAAGAAGGCAAGAAGGAGCAGAGUCCGAAGCCAGCGGACGCGUUGCUGAAGGACCUGCAGUCCACCGUGAGGGAAGCCAAGACGAAGAUAGGGGAUCUACAGGUGGACCACAAAGUUGGCUUAGAUGUGCCCUGCAAGCAAAACUCCAGUGAUGAGGCAGCCGGUAUGAUGGAAGGUCUCCUGGACUUCGGUAUAGCUGGUUUGAAGAAGGGACUUCGAUUCACUGGCCUCAGUGACGAUUCGGACAAGUCGCCCUCGCAUCAUCGCGAGCGUCCUGGCGACAAGGCGUCACCUACCGAGCCACGCGGCAAACAUGUCGUAGAACACAAGGACCAAGGCAAUGGGCAGAGAGAUGAGAACAACGUGCCUCCUUUGGUGAAGCAGCAUCGGGUCACAUCACAGGACAGUGUGCCGUCCCAGCCCCGCCCUGUCCCAGUGGCGGAGCUGCCCCUGGCACCAGUGCCCGACUCCCCCGAGCCGGAGUACGAGGAGGCGGCCGACCUGUCCACCAGCAUCGCCAAGCUACGCUGCCUGCUGCAGCAACGGGCUGAGACCAGUCCCAAGUCGGAGGAGGUGUGGUGGGAGAGUGCGGCGGAGACCCGCGGCCGCACACAGCGGAACCACUCGCACACACACACACACGUCGACACUGCUACCCUCGCCGGUUUGUUGGAUUCUUGUAAUCUUUCACAGUCCCUCUCGCCUCACCCAACCGGGAGGAGUCAUUGGUUCCACACAUUCGACAGUCAGUUUAUACUGGUUUACGUAUCUUAUUGUGUCCCCCCUCCCCUUAGACUGUUCCAGCGCACGGUGACGGGAGUGUUCAACUCGAUAAAGACGGCGGUGGGCGCCGAGGACGACCAGCCCGCCCCCCGCGCGCCCGGCGACUGGACCUACGUCUGCACCGCCAUAGACCUUAAUGUGGGCGGCGCGGUGUCCCGGCUGGUGGGGUCCCGGCGCGCCUUCUCCCACGUGGAGGCUGCGCUGGACUCGCUGGACCAACUCGCGCCUAGGGACCUGCCCAGACCUCAUACUCCUGAUGACUUCGAGGAGUGGUGCGGUAUGUGUGGCCCCGCGUGGUGCGGCGCGUGCGCAGUGUGCGCGGCCGCCGGCCUGGCGCGGGCACACGUCGCGCACAGACUCGCCACGCUGCUGCUGGCCGACUUAGCAGAGUCUCUGCUGGAGGCGUGGCUGGCAGACCUGGCGACGUGGCUGCGGCAGCAGGUGUUCGUGGUGUUCCAGCAACUGGCGGAGACCGACGGGGACCUGCUCCAGGGGGCGGAGCCCCGCCCACUCAGUGUGGACGAGACCUGCGCCGCCUUGUUGGACAAUACACCAGCUCUUCUAUACGUGUUCGGAGAGGAGACAGUGUCGCAGGCCAUCAGGUUGGUGGUGACCAGCUUCACACACAAACAGGUCAACGUGGACGUCAUCUUCAGGGUGCUGGACCUCUUCGCAGGCCACUUCAAGAAGUCUGCCGGACUCAGGAACCCUUCUUUUGAUAGCAAUUAGGGUUUUGGAGCAAGAAACUCUUAUACUGCCGCACUAAGAGACAUUUAAUGAUUAUAAGUUUUUAAACUGCCAUGGUCACUAACACUAACAUUAGAAUUUUAGACGGGAUAUUUACCAUGUUUAUCCCUGUGUUCCGUCAGUUUUCUGCAAGUUCAUCCGUGAUCAUGGCGCUUGCAACAGUGCCGAAAUAUCGGAAAUUCAUAGACAGAAAUAAACAUGGUAAAUAUCCCGUCUUAAGUUCUAAUGUUAAUUUAAUGAUUACUUAAACUAUACCUUAGUAAAGAUUUUGUUUCGAAAACAAUUGCUAAGAACUGGUUUAAGUAAUCAUUAAAUGACUCUAAGUGCGGCGGGUAAUGAGGUACUGUUCCAUUAACGUUUCGCCCUCGAUACGGAGCUGCGGACGACCUAGGUUACUGUGGCUCCAGUUCCAAGAGCAGGAGUAGGAACGGGGUCUUUUUUAGUUAGUAAGAGUCUGACAGUCUCUCUCGCCACACCCAAGUUUGGAGAAGUCAUUGGAUUAUUAUCUUUCCUUAUAAGAAGUACUUAUUCAUGCUUCGGUACCAAUGGGCUCAACCGGAGUAAUACCGCGGUCUCACCUAAAACCGACGUGAUACAACGUUUGCGUUGUCCGGCCUUAUCCCAAAAAAUACGUAAAAUUUUUCACUAUACCCUUUGCGCUAUAACAAGGUGCGGCUGACAGAUGCCAGUAUGACGUUGACGUCUCUCUUUAGGGAUGGACAUUAGAAAAAUCUUUUUUUAUCGCUAUCGAUACUCGCAGCAUACAUUUAUUUCUCUUUAAUUUUUUUAUUAAAUGUGUG